AGACUUUACCAAAGAGAAAGACAGACUUCAGUGGGUGGAAAAAAAGAUUAAUUAAGUGAAGUUUGAGGAUUUAUUUCAACAGCAGCUAGAAGACUGAAGCAACAAUAAUGAUAUUGUUAGAGAGUAUCAUCUUUGGGGUGAUUACAUACCUUAUGACAGCAGCUAGAUGCGAGGUAACUGAGGUGUUCGCUGAAGUGAAUUCCCAGGCUGUUCUACCGUGUAAAUGCAGAAAUGACCCCUGCCAUCCAGCUGACAUAAUCUGGAACAAACACAACCAAGGCACUGUUUGGAGAAAGCAAAGCAGCGGUUUGCAGUAUGUGGGCUCUAGCUGGUUACAGAAGGAUGGCCCUCGUGUGCAAUGCCAACACUCCCAUUUCCAAAGUGGCGACUACAGUCUGCAAAUCAACAGUGUGAAAGCGGAGGAUGCAGGACUUUACUCUUGCAGAAUUAGACUUGGAACUCAUGCUUUUCAAAACCAUGAUGUCAUGCUCAGGAUUAUAAAAGUGUCUACCUCUCCACCAGCCCCUUUAAGUGGAGAUGAUGUGCUAAUCAACUGUAGUGUGACACCUUGGCCUACAAAUGCUUUGGUGCAGUGGAAGUUGAACAAUAAUUCAUUCGUGAGUCAGAAUGGAGUUGGAAUGGUUGUUAAAGAAAAGGCAACUGAGGGAAUGACAGGAAAAUGGACCUGUGUCAUUUCCUACAACAGUAAUGUGUGGCAUGCCUCAACAACUCUGUCAGUGAACGGAAUCAUUCAGCCAGCAAAAGAUGAUACAAAGAUGUACGCUGCAGUGGGGUCCACGUUAACUCUCCCCUGUGUGUUCUCACCUGGUUUGUUUCCACUGGGAAUAGUCUGGACGAAGCUGAAUAAAAGCAAUCACAACCUCGACAGCCGUCACCCUCCUUCAUCAACCUGGAUUAAAUCCAUUAAAAUCAAUGUGGUUUUGUUUGAGGAUCAGGGCAAGUACAGAUGUACUGGGACUGUAAAAGGACAAACACUGGCUCGCACCAUGCAGCUUGUUGUUGCUAAAGUUGUCCAGUCAAAGAAGGAAAACUCUGUGAUGCUGACCUGCCAACUGAGCGACGCAAGUGAGGUGACAGAAUACGAGUGGAUUCGUGUGACUGUUGACAUCAAUGGCACAGAAACAUUUGGGCCUGUCCUGAAGGGACAGACAGUUGUGUUAAAGGAGAACUCGGGUGAUUGGACAUGUCGUUAUUAUGGAAAAAAUGGCAUUUUGGGGAAUGUAACGUACCAAGUCCCACUAAUGAGUGGUCAAAGUGGACAAAAAUCAUCUCAUGUCUCAAGCAACGUUGGUACUGUAAUUGGGCUCAGCUUUCUCCUGGCCAUUCUGCUGCUGAUCCUGGCUCAGAUGUACAAAAAUCACAGAAGGAGGCAAAGAAUUUUGCAGUACCCUGCCCUGGAGACAAUCGUUCACACCAUCUCCAAUGAGCGGGAGGAGAGGGAAAGGAACCGAGUGAAGAAGUAAAGACUAAUUAAAAAUGAAGUGCUAAUAUGAAACGAAAUCAGUAACUGCUUUCAACAUGUUGGCAGAUUUUUCUUUGCACAGUUUUUGUAAAUAUUUUCAGAGUUGUUGUAUCAUUUACUUUUUAAAGAAAACUAUUAUACCAUUUCAAACUGUAAUUAUACUUUAUUUCAGCUGUAAAUAUUCUUUAUUGCUCCAUAUGAGCCUUAUUGCAUGUUGGGAACAA